AUGUUGCAAAAUAAUCCUUCUUCCCUUUCAUUCACUCAACCACCACUGUGCUUCUUCUUCAUCAUCCUUCAUCUUCUUCUUCCCUCUCCCUCUCUCCCCUGCCCAAUAUCAUUUCUUCACCUUCUUCUCGGCACCACCACUGCCCCCAACUCUGCAUUCGUCCUCCGCCCCCAUUCUCCCGUCUUCCCCUCCAAAACCCUAACCCCCAAAAAACCCAAACCCCCUCUGCCCUCCUCCAGUGGAAUCGCAAUCUUGAGCUCUCCAGCUUCACCCCCCGCUGCUCUCUACAAGGUUUUUGCUCAUGUGCCAAAGGACGAAGUUGAGAAUAGGAUAGAACAGAUAAACAAGGUGACAAGCCAGAAAUUAGAAAAACUUGAAGAGGAGAAAGAAUCUAUUCUUGCUCAGAUGGCUGAACUCAAGAAAAUUUUGUAUGCGAAGUUCAAUGACUCGAUCAAUCUUGAGGAGGAUUAG